AUGUCCCAAAGAGCUUGUUACGUCUGUGGUAAAAUCGGCCAUUUAGCUGAAGAUUGUGAUUCUGAAAAAUUAUGUUACAACUGUAACCAACCAGGUCACGUCCAAUCUGAAUGUCCUCAACCAAGAACUGUUGAACACAAACAAUGUUACAACUGUGGUGAAACCGGUCACGUCAGAAGUGAAUGUACCGUCCAACGUUGUUACAAUUGUAACCAAACUGGUCACAUUUCUAAGGAUUGUCCUGAACCAAAGAAACCUUACAACAGCAACAACAGACGUGGUGGUAACUCCAGAGUCUCUUGUUACAAGUGUGGUGGUCCAAAUCACAUGGCUAAGGACUGUACUGAAUCUGAUCCUAAGUGUUACAACUGUGGUAACACCGGUCAUUUAUCAAGAGAUUGUCCAGAAGGUCCAAGGGAAAAGACUUGUUACAAAUGUAACGAAACAGGUCACAUCUCAAGAGAUUGUCCAAACUAA